GGCAAAAACGUACGCAUCCAAAUGAAAGGAUGUUUCAAAAUAUGGAAUUCCAAUUUUGAAAUUUAAAUUUCGUUCUCUAUUAAUGAUGUCAAUCUGAGCCUGCUUGCUAUUUGGCUCACAUUCACCUGUUGAUGAACUGCGUAGUAUAGUAGCGUAGUAAUUUGAAUUUGAAAUAGGAAGGUUUGUUCUUAUUGGUUGGUUGAUACAUCGAGUGGGGAAAGGUGUUAGACAAAGUGGUGAUUAUGUGAUUAUGUAAAUGUCUGACGGAUCCAGGAUACCUUUGCCAUCGCUGUCAAGAUGCAAGCCAAAUGAAAUGUGGGCAGCAAUGACUAGAUCCAUCGAGAUUUUGGUGGCUUUCUUCGAAUAUUACGCACAAAGGGCCCAACUCGAAACAACAUCGACAAGCUCUCCUCAAGCCAAGUCACCAGCUGGUAGCAGCGCGGGUGCUGUAGCCAGUGCAUCAACAGCUCAGGGUGAGAGGACUCCGAUCGUCCAGAACAAACAGCUGCAAAAUGUCAAAGGACAGGACCAUCCACCACAUCCAUCGAUGGCGUUCCUCCAGAAUCGCUCCAUCUCGCUGGUGGAUAUGUAUAUAGACAACUCCGAGCCUUCAGAGAAUGUGGGACAGAUACACUUCUCACUGGAAUACGACUUCCAGAACACGACGCUGAUACUGAAGAUAAUUCAGGGUAAGGAGUUACCAGCUAAGGAUCUGAGUGGAACAUCUGACCCGUAUGUCCGGGUCACACUGCUCCCGGACAAGAAACAUCGCCUGGAGACGAAGAUCAAACGCAGGACUCUAAACCCUCGGUGGAAUGAGACUUUCUACUUCGAGGGUUUCCCGAUUCAGAAGCUGCAAAGUCGGGUACUACAUCUUCACGUCUUUGACUACGACCGCUUCUCCCGAGAUGAUUCUAUUGGGGAGGUUUUCUUGCCUCUCUGUCAGGUGGACUUUAGUGAGAAGCCAUCGUUCUGGAAAGCGCUCAAACCACCAGCUAAGGACAAAUGCGGGGAGUUGCUUACGUCACUGUGCUACCAUCCCAGUAACAGUGUUCUAACACUGGCGCUGCUCAAAGCAAGGAACUUGAAGGCGAAGGAUAUCAAUGGCAAAUCCGAUCCAUACGUAAAAGUCUGGCUACAGUUCGGAGAUAAAAGGAUCGAGAAACGCAAGACAGCUGUCUUCAAAUGCACGCUAAACCCAGUCUUCAACGACUCUUUCUCCUUCAACGUGCCCUGGGAGAAGAUCAGGGAGUGUUCCCUUGAUGUGCAGGUCAUGGAUUUUGAUAAUAUCGGCAGGAAUGAGCUUAUUGGGAGAAUACUGUUGGCUGGAAAGAACGGAUCAGGGGCAACAGAAACAAAACAUUGGCAGGACAUGAUAACGAAACCUCGACAGACCAUCGUGCAGUGGCAUCGCCUGAAGCCAGAAUAAAUUGUUAAAAAAUUAAAAAAAUAAAACGUCAUAAGACUGAACGGUUAAUCAAAAAGUUAAAAAUGAAUUUCGAAUCACACUCUUAAACUUCGAUGUCGGAAAAAUGGAUGUGCCAAAUGUUUUUCUAUCACUGUAUUUUGAUAUCUAUUUUUGAAUCUCCUUAACAAAGUGAACACAAUUUUAAUUAUAAAAAUAAAACAUUUACAUUAAUUAUUGAUCAUUUUUGUUCACUAUAAUGACAUUUUAUAUUGUAAACAAGUUCAUAUUAUUAUAUAAUACUGUAAAAAAUAUUCAUUUAGAAAUGUUAUUUUAUUCCUAGAUCUAGAUUUACUUAAUACUCGAAAAUAUUACAAUAGAAAACACAUUUAAAAUAACUCUGAUUUGUAUAUUUUCUCUUUUCUCUCUUUUUCUCUAUCAUUUAGCUUAAAGAAGUCUAUUGGUUAGUUAAAGUAGUUGCCAUAUAUGUUUAUAGUGGCAUUUGGACAUCCAUUUCUGACAUUAAUUUCUCUCUUAUCAUGACAUUAGUGCUGUGCGUGUAACAUUUAAUAAUUAUCUUUAUUUCUACAAAUAUAUUUGGAUAGAUAUUAAUCAAAAUGAUAUUGAAUCGUUUCGAAUUAUAACUAUCAUAAUUUCCGCGAGGAAUUCCCAUUAUAUCCGAUAUUUAACUUAUUUAAUUUAUUAAUGCACAGCGCUUCUAUCUUACUAUGACGAUUUUUCUAAGUUCUGUGGGACAGGUCUGGUAUUGUGAUAUGAAUUCAAUGUUUUUGUAUCGAAUAUUGUUGAAAUUGGCACCUGUCUCUCAGAACUAUUUGUGUCAUUUGCGCCAACACUUUUUUAUUCAGUUAUAUGACACUUUAAAUUUAAUUUAUUUAACAAAUGGCCAAAGUGACACAUUUAUCUUGUCAUCAAUCUUCUGAUGCUUAAAAUUGACGUUUUUUAAAUGUAAGGUAUCGAGUCAAUGUUAAAUCAUAGUUAGGGGUUACGAUAAUAUGAUUGUUAUUGUAGAUAUAUGAAGAAUGGCAGUUCGUAUCGCACAAAAUGAGUAGAUGUCGUGAAAACUUCAAAGUUGAACGAAAAUUUGUAGUUGGCGUUUCUUAAAUUAAUAUUCUUUGGCUAGCGAGUAACGUAGAUCAAUUAUUACUUAGUUUAUAUUGAAUGUAUUUAUUAAGUAGAUCCAUUGAUGAUGACUCAUCUUACAUGUGGCAUACAGAUUGCUAGAUUUUGUAGUACUUAAAUUCGUAUAUCUUUAAAAGCCUAAUGGGUUGAAUGGAUUUCGUUUUAAAUCUUUCAGAAAAGUAUAACAUAUGUGAAGAAAAAAAAACCAGUUUUUUUUAAAUAUUAAUUGCAAGAAAGUUAAAGUGUAAAAUUGGAUUUGUUUAAUUUUAUUUGGCGAAGAAGUGCAGAAAGUAAGAAAAGGUAAAUUCCUUAUGGCUAUCUUUUAAAUUAUCAUAUUAUAAUUAACUUUUAAAUUCUAGGAGCUGCUUAUCAAAAUAAAAUAAAAAUGAAUAUAAAAUAAAAAUGUACCCCUCACAUAUAAGCGAAUUGUCAAAAAUCGUUAUUACAUCGUAAUCUAUAUUUUCUUAUAUUUCAAAAUAAUAAUUUGCACAUUUUUUUUUUCUUUUCCUCUUCUGUCUGUGUGCCACAUAAUAAAAAGUAGCUAUAGGAUUUUAUAACAUUGUAAUGUUCACUUUGAUUUUUUUUUGGUUUUAAUAUCAAAUAGAAUAAAUUCAUAUUCCGGAAAACAAUAAUAUUUAUACUGUUAUUGUUAGUUAGUUAGAUAAUGUAGAUGUAUAUGUGAUGACUUUUACAAUCAUUUUGUAAUCAUAUUUUAUAAUUAUAUCGCGCCAACAUUUAAGUGAUAUUUUUUAAAAUAACAUAAUAUUGUUUUAAAUAACUAUUAUUUCUUUUGCGAUAUAGGAAAAUUAAUGGACAAAAUAAUAACAUAUUGUACUUGCAUCUGAUAUAUCUGCUCACUAACUUGACAGGUUAAUACUUAACACUAAUCUCUCUCAGUCUAUAAGGUAUCAUUUCACGACACAUGACAAUAAUGACACAAUCGGAUGUUUUCAUAACAAUAAUUACAUCAAUCAUGUGUUAAUUUCCUUAUUCAAGCCCAUUUUCCUUAUUCAAAUCUUUCAGAUGCAACCUAGGUGGAUCAUCUACCAUGCAUUAUAAGAUUAUAAUAAACGUAUUUGAACUAAUUCUAGGCUUGGAUAAAGUUUUGGUUUUUGGUAGAUUGACCUGUGAGGCAAUUUUGUGAGUUCCUAGAACUCAAAUUGUGAAUUAUGUGAAAAUGAUCUGGAAAAAAUGAUGCUAAGUGUCAAAACUUUAAAAUCGCCUCCUUGAUCUUCAAUUCACUCACAAUAACCCAGAAUUUAUAUCAAAUUUCAACUUUUGAGCGAAACCAAUAAAAUUAAACAUAUAGCAGCCGUAUUAACAGUGAAUUUAAAGAAAUUUAUUUAACAAUCAGUAAUUACUAAAGACGCAUCCAUUAAUACAAAAAUUAUAGCUCUGUGUAAUCUAAAGUCAAACUGUAUGUUUUAGUUUACCAUUCAAACUGUUUGUUAUAUUGCAUAAAAAGGAAAAAUGUCUUAAAAUGGAUAUAUUAAGAUUUUUUUUGUUGCGGAUUAAAUCCUUAGUAGUCAGAUAUUGAAUCAUUGUUAAUAGAUUCAUAUUUGUAGAACAUUGUAUGUACUUAGAUCAUUGCAGUUUAGUGUUAAUAAAUUAAACUAGAUGUCGUUGCAUUUAAUGGAAGUUGAAAAUGUUCUCAGUAUAGAUAUAGGUAUAACGUAGAGUGUUGUUAAUAGUUAUCGACAUAGCAAUUGGUGUAUGUAUAAAAUUGUUACUGGAAAGAUAAUAAUCAAUAUUUUAUGCUAGAUUUUACUGUAGCCAUCGAUUUUAAUUAAUAUUGAUAUAGUUAUAACGCAUGCACAGAAACUACAGAUAUGUGAAAUUGAAGAUAAAAGAAAUGCUAACAGUGCUAAUUCCUUGUGAGACAAUUGUCUUCUAUGUAUUGCUUCGUACGCUUGCAACGCUGUGGAUAUUGAGGGACUUGAGCAGCAAUAGUGAAAAUGACGUUUUUACUUGUAAAGUAAGCAUCUCAGAGUUAUAAAUGAUUGGGAUAUUGCAGCUCUUGACAGGACAAGAUCAUUUAGGAUCAUAGAAGUUAAGUUUAUGUACCUCUCGCAAAUAACGACGUUAAAUACUUUUAACAUGUUGUUUGUUUGAUCAUAAAAAAUAAAAUAAAAUAAGCCUUU